AUGGCAUUCAAAAAGUUCCACGAAGUCUCCAGUGACAAUUUUCUAACGUGUCACAUCUGUCUUCGCGAGUAUGAAGACCCGCGUGUCCUCCCAUGCUAUCACACUUUCUGCCUGGCUUGCCUUGCCCAGCACGUGGCAGUGAGUGGGACGGGAGGCAACAUCACGUGUCCAGUGUGCCGCCAAGAGGCACCUGUUCCACCAGGUGGACUGGAUAAACUUGUCCGUAACUUCUUUUUGUCCAAGAGGACAAUGUUGGACAUGUUGACAAAAGAAAGUAAAGACAAAAUGUGUGGAAACUGUCACUCACAAGUUACUCAAUUUUACUGUCAAAAUUGCAAACAUUUUUUCUGUGAGAUCUGUCGACAAAAACAGCAUGACGCCAUGUUUUUUUUGCAGGGACACACAAUGAUCGCAGUAUCUGAAUUGAGUAAGCAUGUCCAAGAAAUGAAGGGCGUAACAUUACCUUGCGAUAAGCACGAAGAAGAAAGGUUGAAAUUUUAUUGCACAGAUGACGAUGUUGUUGUGUGUCGUGACUGUAUUCUCACCAAACACAACAAACACAAUUGUGUAGACAUUGCAGAUAUAGCAGAAACGCAUAAAAAGAAAAUAGAAAGCGCCUUUAACAAUCUAUCUAAGAACAUUUCACUGUUUGAAAAUGCAGAAUCGGAAAUAUCCAUACAACAGAAAGCUGCGUUUGACGACGAAAGCAAAACGGUGACCGACAUAGAACAACAAGAGGUGGAUAUUAUAGAAGAGGUUCAGCGUAUUUCUGCUCAGUUGAUAGCGGAAGCAAAAGACCACGCCUCGACGCUCGAAAAAUCACUCGAAGCUGAGAAAGAUGGCGUUCAACUACAGAAGGUGUCCAUUCAAAGAACAUGUGAGUUUGCCAAGCAGCUUGUUCAACAUGGCUCCGACACGGAAGUAAUGAUGCACGCUAAAAAUAUCCAAGCUAGGAUAAAAGAGCUGAGCAAACUUAAACCCACUUUUCCGGCAAAAACGACAGACAUCACCUCUAAUGAAGAAAAAAUUCCAGUGAAAUGUUUUGUUCUUGUGAAGAAGUAUAAAUGGCUAAAUACUGCAUCUUUGGUGAAUGAGUUUGAUAGCAGCAUUGGAUAUUUAUCGGGCACAUCAUGCAGUCAAAGUGGGACAAUAUAUCUAGUUUAUAACCAGCCGGGUAAACUUACUGCAAUAUCACCAUCUCAUAAGGCGAUAUUUGAGGUUGAAGUACCAGAUCCCAGAGGUGUCACCGUGCUCAGUGAUGACAGACUGGUGGUUACGUGUGAUGAUGGAUGCCGAGUGUAUUCCUUCUCCGGGGAACAUGUCCAAACGUUUGGUCAGGGUGACAUGGCUACACCGUGGGGUGUUACAGUGGACAACAAUGGACACAUACUUGUCUGCGAUAGGACCGAUAAAUGUAUCUGUGUGUAUGACGCUGUGCAGUACAAUCUUAUCAAUAAGAUCGCUGUUCCUAUAUGUAAAGACCCACGAUACAUUGCAGUGCUCCCAUGUCGUGACACCAUUGUGGUUAGUGACUUUGAUGAACACUGCGUAUAUGGAGUGACCCCCCAGGGCGAUGUAGUGUUCCAGUAUGGUACACCAGGGAAGAUGGGCUCAGAUGAUGGAUACCUGGACUACCCCUGGGGAGUGUGUACAGACAGCGUGGGUCACAUCUUCGUUGCUGACCAGUACAAUAACAGGGUGGUUGUUCUGACCUCAGAUGGUCAACUGUUAAGAUAUGUUGUGGGUCCACAACACGUUUCAGUACCAACGGGUGUGGCCAUUGAUAACAAAGGACAGCUUGUAGUGGGGGAGAAUGGAAGACAGGUGAAAAUAUUUCGCUAUAUGCAUUAUAUGAAUACAUCACACGUCUUGUUGCUGUUUGGUAGACGGAUUGAGAGUAAAUCUUCCAGCAAAGCCACAAUGUACAAAGAGGCAUGGCACUCCGAAGCACCGCCAUCUUCCAGUGAGCGCUUGUCACAUCCAGAUUUACAGCUGUAUCUGCCGAAAGAGAGAAAAAUACACAUUGUCUAUUUACAAAACGGCAGUGUUGUUAAUAAAUACCACAAAUUAUACUUUUAUAUUUACAAGCAAGUGCAGUACAUAUGCAUUACAUAAUAUACAUACAUGUACAUAUUUCACUUUCACUUUUUCA